CAACUACUAUAAAUUUAAUUUAAAGACAGUGUACACACACUUUUCACAAUGUCUCAACGCCAAUCCUCAAAUCAAAGAACACAACUUCGUUAUGUUGGUACUCAAGCACCCUUCAUCGGUACUCAAGACUUCCAGAUUGCAAAUUUUGCUCUAAAAGUCAACAUCAACAAUAUUCGUCGUUAUCUGGCCCACGAACUUGCUUCAAACAAGACAUAUGCUAUCAUUUGGGAAGUCGCCAAAGAGAUUUAUGCCGAGGAUGUAGAAGACGGAAGAAAGCCGAAAAAUGCAAAAUCUAGCUUCUUGGAAGGCAUUUCCCUACAAGAGUCUCUACUGCUUGUUGGCCCAAUCGGUGAAAUAUGUGAAGAGCAUUCCAAAUGCAAGAGCAGAAAGAUUAACGAUUUAUAGAGGAUUAAAUUUCAAUUAUUCUUGCCAUGUCAACCAAACAAUUUCUUUUGGUCAGUUUGCAUCGUUUUCGACUUCUGAAGGAGCGGCUAGGAGGUUUAUUGGAAACAGAGGGACCUUAUUUGAGAUUCAGCCACAAGUGAAACCCAAAACUACGGUCGGAAUUAUUCCUUAUUCUUUUAUAGAAGACGAAGAAGAGGUUUUAGUUAUGGCUUGGAGUCAGUUUGUUGUAAAAAGAAUAGAACAAAACAAAGUUAUUUUAGAAAGUGUUGGUAACAAAACAGUUAAAGUUUAGCGUAAGAGUGGUCUAAAUCUUAUCAGAAGUUGACAAAAAUCUGUUAUAACUUGACAAUUUUAGCUCUUUGUUUUAAACGUAAAGUCUUAGUUUUAAUAAAAAAGUUAAAAAUG